AUGAUGACGAUCGUCAUGCUCCAAGUUGCAUUGGCACAACCAAAGCCGUAUCAAACUUCGAAACUGUCCCAAGAAAAUGGGAUGUACUUUGAAAAUCAGGGACCACUUCGAUUAACAAAUUCUGAUUGGAAAUUGAUAAUAUAUGUAAAAUUAGAUAACUUUAAUCAACGUACAAAGGAAACUAUGUAUUUUUACGAUAAAACUAUAAAAUUAUGUGACGAUUUAACAAUAGUAUACGAAGGCAUGUUUAAAACACUUUGUGAAAAUUUUAAGAUUGCGUCCAUCAGCCUUGAACAGGAAGUGACGAGGAAACGAGUUUAUAUGUUACAAUCUAUAGAUGAAACAGAUACAAUUACCCGGGUAAGAAGGGGUUUAGUAAAUUUAGUAGGUCGAAUACAAAAAACAUUAUUUGGUACAUUAGAUGAUACUGACGCAGAAACAUACGAUAAACAAAUCGAGGAAUUACAAACUAGUCGAAAUAAUUUAUUAAAAAUAGUAGAAAAACAAACUAGCAUAUUGAAAGCAACCGAAAAUACAUUUAAGGAGGCAACCCAAAUGGUAGGUCAGAUAAAUAAACUUAGCACAUUAUACAAUCGAAUGGCAACAACGGUAAAUCAAACCGUAAUCAAUUUAGAUAUCGUAGAAGCAAAAAGUAAUAUUAACGAACAAAUAAAUAUAAUAAAUUUAAUAUUUCAACAGUUAAGUUUCGAAACCGAUACAAUUUGCGAAGUAAUAAUAGCCGCACAAGGUGGUAUAAUACAUUCAAGCAUAAUAUCCGCUAUGGAAUUACGUAAGCAAUUAAAAGAUAUUUCAAUGAACGUUCCAAAAGGACAAAGUUUACCGUUCGAUUUAAAUCAAAUAUCGUUAUAUGAACUAAGUAAAAUGUCAAAAUUAAAUAUAAUUUACAUAAACGAAACAUUAAUAUUCGAAAUAAUAAUACCACUAAUAAACUCAGUUGAUUUAACAUUAUUCCACGUAAUACCACUACCAGUAGUAAAAAAUGAUCAUUAUAUGCACAUAAUACCUGAAUAUGGGUACAUAGCCAUUUCAAAAACGCAUGAAUAUUAUUUAACAUUAUCGUUUAGCCAGCUACUGAUGUGUAGACAAAUUAAUAUGGGAACAUUAUGUCCGGAAACACAACCAUUAAGACUAGGAGCCAGUGAGCUGCCAUGUGAAGUAGAACUAUUUAUUAAACCAUCGAGCAUACCUAGCACGUGCCCAAUACAUUAUCUAGACAUCACUCGUAGUAUUUAUCAUAAACUAAAAUAUCAGAACGCAUGGAUAUAUACAAUAAAAACAACGGACAAUGUAGCCAUCUCGUGCGAGAAUCGAGACCAGGCGAUGAAUAUACAAUUAAGCGGGAUAGGAAUAUUAAAAUUAAACGAGGACUGCAGGGGAUACACACCACAAAUGGUGCUAACACCGAAUAGGCAUUUAAAUUCGACACAUUAUAAGGAUUUUAUAUCAAACAUAGGCAUAACGUCAAAUUUGACAAUCCCCAUUUCCAUAAAAAAGAAAAUAAGCAAUGUCAUAACACACACAAAUUCUGUGGUAAAACUAACUGACUUGAGUCAAUAUUCUAAAUCCAUUGAUGAAAUAGAACAAUUAAUACAAGAAGAAAAGGACAAAACGACCACAAGGGAUAUAACCGAUUUUCACACUUAUAUGUUUUAUUUCAUAAUAAUAAUAGCAUCGGGUAUAAUUAUAAUAAAAUGUAAAAGAAAAAUGAGUAAUAAUCGAUCAGUAAAUAGAGUUAGGCGACAUUUAGUGUCACUACAGUCAGCUAGAGAAAUGGACGAAGUAACACGUUUGUAA